GCGAGGAGCAGGGGCGGUGCGACACUCUUGCCACACAAGCAGGCUUCCAAGACUCACGCGCUGCUGCCUGCCGCCCUCCCUCCCCUUCGCUAUUGCCUUGCUCGACCUUGGCGUCUGUCAUUCUACGGUCGCAAUAUAAGGCAACCAUUCCAGACGAUCACCAAGAGUAUCCACCUCGCCUUCCUCCCGGUGAGUUCAGCGGCUGCCUCCCUCCACAACUCCUCUCAACCUCUCCUCACUUCAGUCCAGGCUAUCUUGUGUUUCCUAGCACACCAUCAUGAAACUGUCAGUCGUCGUUUGUGUGGGCGUCGUCAUCCUCCUGCCCUUCGCUCAUGCUGUCUUCCUGGUGGCCAGCGGCUCCUCUGCCGCCUCCAGUACCGUCGGCAUAACUUUGGGCGCCUCAGGCGGCGCCGCCGCAGCCUUAGGUGUGGCAGGGUUGGUGGCUGGUGCUCUGGUGCUGGGCGGUCUGGCGCUCGCUGCCAGCCGCAACAAGCGUGACGUGUCCAGCCACUGCCUGCCGUCAUCCAGCCCAGAGCUGAUCUUAGAACUGGCCGCCAGCGCUGACCAGCUGGGCUGCGGCCUGAGGCUGGUGUGUGAGCUGGAGGCCACGCCUGACGACGCCCUCUCCACGGACGAGCUGCUCAUCCUCAAUCUCUUUGGGAGGCAGGUGAAGCCCGUCACCUUCUCCCAGAUGAAGAACGCCAAGUCGAGCUUUCAGUACGCGGCGCUGGUGGGCUCCCGGGCGAAGAGCGUGGCCGAGUGUGGCCAAGUGUUCGACCAGUGCCCCUUCGACCACCGCACCAUCAUGGGGGCAUUCAACGCCACCAAGUAGCCUGACACUUCCCUCACAUUCACUCACUCACUCACUCACUAAUUUAUCCUAUACCUUUUUCCUUUCUCCGUGUGCCUCUCACUCACGCAAGGAAACACUCCAGGCAUGCCCUGAACUUAAUCACUACACUCCGUCACCUCGCUACGCAUGCCACCAAUCCUACUGUAUUUAGGGCCAGGCAAACUCUCUCUCUCUCUCUCUCUCUCUCUCUCUCUCUCUCUCUCUCUCUCUCUCUCUCUCUCUCUCUCUCUCUCUCUCUCUCUCUCUCUCUCUCUCUCUCUCUCUCUCUGAAUGAUGCAUCUAUCCUUGUAUUACACUUGUGCAUAUUUACUUCUUAAUAAUUCAUCCCUUCAUCUAUUUACGUAUUCAUUUAUUGAAAGAGAUCAGAAUACUCCACUUUAAAAAAAAUAUUUACAUAGUUAUCAUACUCCUCGAUAAACUUUCCAGGAAAAGUUCGUAUUAAAGUCUUUUUUUUUAAGCAGAUUGUCAUAAUAAACAUCAUAACAUUCAUCAUCACCACACGUUUUUCUUUACAAAGCGAGUUAGUUUAGUACUAGGAAGGGCUUGUUUCAUUCUCACUCUUACUGCAACUCACACUGCUUUCCUCACUCUUGUCUCAUUUACUUAGCGUGGAUGUGCAACGAUACGAUACGUCUUCAUUGUUUUGUUUUUAUCUAUCUAUUUAUUUUUUUCCCCUUUCGAGGGAAGGGCAAACUUUCCUUUCUGUUUCUGGUAUUGUUUACAAGUGCUCAUCUUUCAUACUCGCUCUGACUAUUAGUUCAAUACCACUUUUUCGUCUUUGCUGCUUUACCUUUCUCUCUCUCUCUCUCUCUCUC